AUGGUCGGAUCCGCAGCAAUUUCUAAUGACCCGCGCGUCCCGUUCCAGGCGCCAUCGCUCUCACCAAGCUCUUCCCCUCCGGACAGCUGCGAGCGACAUGGCCCAAGUACGGCCGAGUCGAAUGCACUUCCACUACCAUUGACGCCUGCAACGACGGCCAGACAGUCGGUACCCCGAGGCGUCUUUCCCUCUCUUCUAGGGAACAACACCACGUCGACGCUGAGUGCCCAGCCCAUACUGUCCGACGAACCUGUGCCCGCCAUCCUCGUCCACGCUCAACCCUCAGAUGCACAGCACGGCCCGUCUGACCUGACGGCGAGUUUGAGCUCAGUGCCCAGUGCAACAACCACGUUGACCAAUACCCUGCCACCGACCCAAUCUGCCGCUCUCCGCGCUCUCAAUGCCCCCGCCUUCCAUUCGUCGCCCUCGAAGAGCAAGUCGGCAAAGUCCACGUCCAGCCGAACCACCGUCACCAGCCAGCCCGUCGUCGUACGUACCUACUCGGGCUCGAGGCACACUUCACGCCCCGGCUCGGGCUUCAACACCCCACGCUCUCUUGCAAUGAACGGCCAUUCCAAUGCUUCGGCCCUGUCAGCAGGUUUGGCAGGCAGGACCGAGCAAUUGCCGUCUGCAGAUGAUUUUUCCUUCUCGGCCAUCCUGCGUGCCGUCGAUCCCGAGAUCAGAGAUGCAAUUGAUGCCAUUGCCGAGAUCUGCGCACGGAGCAGGAUGAGCCUCGCAGAUGAGUAUGACUCCCAUCUCCCGCCACAGGGCGAGAUAACCGGAGGGGGCCCGGCAUGGGCAAGCACAGGAGCAUUGGCGGGGCGGGGUCGCUUGAGCAGAGUGACUCAGGGUUGGACCGCCGCGGACAACACGCUCAUGUCAGUGCCAGAAGCAAGUAGCUCGAGCGAGAGACUCGCACAAGAGGGCCGGGUGGCGAGCAGUAAGAAGCGAAGCCAAUCCGCAUACGGCAGCCUCAAGAGCGUCAUCAGUGGGGGCAGUGGUAAGAGAAAAGCCAUUGACGGUGACACCUUCCGCGAGCAAGAGGCCGGUAGCCCCAAACACGCGGGUGCAACACAGAAUCAAGGCCCAGCUUGGGCUAUCAACGCUUCCACGUCGUCGUCUUCACAGCCAGCCAUCACCCUCGCCGCUCCCACGGCCUCCAAACAUCUCUCCCUUGACACCUCCGCAGCCCCUGGCACCAUCGAAGCAAACGGCGAAACAUCAACCGCUCGUCCCCAAACCACCACCGCUCGAAGACUCCCAGCGCACGCACGCAACGCAUCUAUGCGCAGCCUCCCCGUCUCGCGAGCUCGCUCCGGCACCCUGGGCUCCUCGAUACGAUCCUGGCUACCGUGGCCCCGGCCAUCAGACCUCAGCCAUACCAGUCAGCAAGAACUGACAAAAGCCGAAGACCGGCUUCGGGAGAUGUUGAUGUCUUCGCAAGCCAUGGGCAAAGGCAACGCCUCCAUCAGCGUUUUAUAA